AUGCCUGUAUCCCCUCCAGGCCCCAUGCCUAUAUUCCUAUAUCCCCUCCAGGGCCCUAUGCCUGCAUCCCCUCCAGGGCCCUAUGCCUGCAUCCCCUCCAGGGCCCUAUGCCUGUAUCCCCUCCAGGCCCCAUGCCUGUAUCCCUGCAUCCCCUCCAGGCUCCAUGCCUGUAUCCCUGCAUCCCCUCCAGGGCCUUAUGCCUGUAUCCCCUCCAGGCCCCAUGCCUAUAUUCCUAUAUCCCUCCAGGGCCCUAUGCCUGCAUCCCCUCCAGGCCCCAUGCCUAUAUUCCUAUAUCCCCUCCAGGGCCCUAUGCCUGCAUCCCCUCCAGGGCCCUAUGCCUGUAUCCCUUCCAGGCUCCAUGCCUGUAUCCCUGCAUCCCCUCCAGGCUCCAUGCCUGUAUCCCUGCAUCACCUCCAGGGCCCUAUGCCUGUAUCCCCUCCAGGCCCCAGGCCCCAUGCCUAUAUUCCUAUAUCCCCUCCAGGGCCCUAUGCCUGCAUCCCCUCCAGGGCCCUAUGCCUGUAUCCCCUCCAGGCCCCAUGCCUAUAUUCCUAUAUCCCCUCCAGGCUCCAUGCCUGUAUCCCUGCAUCCCCUCCAGGGCCCCAUGCCUGUAUCCCUUCCAGGCCCCAUGCCUAUAUUCCUAUAUCCCCUCCAGGGCCGCAUGCCUGUAUCCCUGCAUCCCCUCCAGGCACCAUGCCUGUAUCCCUGCAUCAUUCUACAAUUGCAUCACCUCUUGCCUGUGCUUCUAUUCUCGUCACAGUUGAAGGAAUUUUUCCAGACAAUCACACUACAGCUAUUCUCAUCGAGAUUGUCCUUAACGACUUAAUGAAAAAAGUUACCAAGAUGAGUAAUUCCGUGUCAUGUCACAGUCAUGUCAUGACUCAUGACCCUCAAUACUAA